AUGCCAGAGAAUACGAAAUUGUACCUUCAGGUUUCAUCCGACACGCUCUGUGAGGCGCCCAACCGAUUCGACCGCGCGAACUCAACUCCUCUUGGAAGGAAAGUAUCGAACGGGCUGAGCCGAAUUCUUGCCCCUGGGGAAAAAGUCUGUGUGAUCCAGCUGUUUGACGACGAUGCCAACGCAUUGAUACUUCUGUUUCGUGUUCUCCAUCAUAAAAUUCAGGCGAUCCCUACAAAGCGUACGCCCUCUCAGUUGCUCGAUCUCGCAGUCGUAGCAGACAAAUACUGCUGCGAGAAGCCCCUGUUUCCAUUUACAGGCGUAUGGCUCCAGGGGCAUCUUGAAGCGCUAGAGGGGGACGGAAUGACCUUCGAAAAGAGCCUCGAGAUUCUGUAUUUCUCAUAUAUUAUGGAUCUAUCUACCAGGUCCAUGAGUGGGAAAAAGCCAUCGGGGACAUUCAGAACAGACGAUGUGCCGGCAGAGCCCAGUUCAUCCUCAGAAUUCGCAAAGCACUCAGCAGGUCUGGCCUGUGGCCACUUACGAUCGCAUCACAGAAAUUCAGCGUCGCAGAGACCUGCACCAAACUAUCUGAGAUUCGCAUAUGCGGAGCCCCAGUUGCCUUUUCCUUGGCAGCAAGGCGUUCGGCAUGCCGGAUUCGGGGCAACCCCAGGUACAUGUACAUACGCCGCCAAAAGAUACUGGGAUAAUCCACGUCCUGUUAAUGGGGACUUUAAGUCAUCGCUGUGGCUGGAGUUGCAUCAAUUGACGGCGGGAAUGUGUGGUGUCUGCUUGGACUGCGUGACAUCAAGUGGUGAGUCUGCUACGAAAGGCAAGUGUCGCCUGCCACAUUAG